UCCUGUUCUGUGCAUAGUAACAAGCAUGGCUGCUAUAGGAGUGCAUUUUGGUUGCACAUGUGCUUGUGUUGCAGUUUUUAAGGAUGGCAGAGCCGAUAUCAUUGCAAAUGAUUCGGGUGAUCGAGUCACCCCGGCUGUUGUCGCAUACAGAGAAAGAGAACAGAUUGUUGGUCUGGCAGCAAAGCAAGGAAGAAUAAGAAAUGCCUCAAACACUGUGGUAAAAGUGAAGCAGAUCCUUGGCAGAAGUUAUGAUGAUUCACAGGCCCAGAAACACAUUACAGAGAGUAAAUGUUCAGUUAUUGAUAAGGAUCAAAAGCCCAGAUAUGAGAUUGAUACUGGGGACGAUACCAAACUUGUUCCCCCUGAAGAAGUAGCAAAGCUAAUCUUCAGUAAGAUGAAGGAAACUGCUCAGUCAGCACUGGGUUCAGAUGUCAACGAUGCAGUCAUUACCAUGCCUUUUGAGUUCGGGGAGAAGCAGAAGAAUGCUCUGAGACAGGCUGCCAUGGCAGCUGGUUUCAAUGUGUUGAGACUAAUUCAUGAACCCUCUGCUGCACUGCUAGCUUAUGGGAUUGGCCAAGAAUCACCAACUGGAAAAAGUUAUGUCCUGGUUUACAAACUUGGAGGAACAUCCCUUUCCGUUACUGUGAUGGAAGUUAACAGUGGGAUGUAUCGAGUGCUUGCCACACAGACAGAUGACAGCAUUGGUGGUGAAUGUUUUACAGAGGCUCUUGCCCAGCAUUUAGCAUCUGAAUUUCAGAGGACCUAUAAGCAAGAUGUAAGGGGAAACCCCAGAGCUAUGAUGAAGUUAAUGAACAGUGCAGAGGCUGCAAAGCAUACCUUGUCCACACUGGGGAGUUCAAACUGUUUUGUAGAUUCGCUCUAUGAUGGUAUGGACUUCGAUUGUAAUGUGUCCAGGGCUAGAUUUGAACUUGUAUGUUCUUUACUCUUCAAUAAGAGUAUACAGCCAGUUAAGAAUCUUUUGGACCAAGUUGGUCUCUCGGCAAAUGACAUUAAUAAGGUGGUGCUGUGUGGAGGCUCUGCUCGCAUCCCCAAGCUUCAACAGAUGAUCCGGGAUCUGUUUCCAGAUGUGGAGCUCUUAAACUCCAUCCCUACCGAUGAAGUGAUCCCAAUUGGAGCUGCCAUAGAGGCUGGCAUAUUGGUUGGAAAGGACAGCUCCUUGCUGGAUGAGGAGUUUUUUGCAGUGGAGUGCUGUGCAAAGGAUAUCCUGGUGAAGGACGCCGAUAACUCUGGGGCUGAUAUAUACACAGUUUUGCUACCAUCUGGCACUCCUUUGCCAGCAAGGCGACAUCACACCCUACAGAGUCCAGGGAAUGUUUCUUCGUUGUGUUUUGAGCUGUACCAGUCCAUUGGAAAGAACUGUGCCACUGAAGCUAAUAAAGUUGCACAGCUUGUACUUAAAGAUUUAGAAAAGAUAGAAGAAACCCGUGACAUUAUAACAGUUCUUACCAUGAAAAGGGAUGGGUCCUUACAUGUCACUUGUACUGACCAAGGAACUGGAAAAUCAGAAGCCAUCACAAUUGAAGUUGCAUCCUAAAAUAACUUCAGAAUAAAACCCUUUACUGACAACUUGGGAUGUUUUGCUGUAACAUUCUUUCAAAAAAGCAUAAUGUAGUUAUCCAGUUAGAAAUAGAACAUGAUAUUGAUUAUAACCAUAAAAGACAAAUACAGUAGUAAUACACAUGAUGUAACCAAUUUACAGAAAGUGUAGGU